AUGGAUGCAGUGCCGCCUAUGGAGGAGAGGCAGAAAGGAGAACAAGGUAACUCCCUAUCGGACAUCACUUCAAAUCUAUGUGCAAUUGAGGAGAAUAUCACACCGGGUGAGGAUGAAUCCAAGUUGAAAAUGACUACUACCGCCAUCCCUACAGCUUCAUCUAAGCUAGACGAUACCGUGGCUAGCGAUGGCCUGACGUAUCAAAUGCCCUCUGCUGCCAGCUCUUUGCUGGCAUCUCCACCAUCUGAAUUAAUAGUGAAGAGGUCGGCAAUAAAUUGCUCCCAAGCUGCUGGCCCUUCUAAUAUGAAGUUAGUUGGCGCUUUGCCUCCUUCUUUGUACACCGGGUCUGAUAAUGAUGGACACACACCCACCCGAAGACCGAAAUCGAUGGCCGUCCCUCCGCCCCCUGCUUGGGACACUCAACUGGCACGUGCACUUUACGCCUACCUGUCGAGUGGCGAAAAUCAACUCAGUUUUUUGGAAGGCGACCUCAUUGCCCUCAUAGGGGACAGAAAUAAGGGAUGGCAGUUCGGAGAGAACUUGCGGACACAGUGCAGUGGAUGGUUUCCUUUGGCGUAUACCGAGUUCUUAGAUGAUCCUACCUU